AUGGAUCCAUCUCAGGCAACCCAACAGCUGCCCCCGGAAGCUAUCGCUUUGGCAGGGCGCAUGUACGAUGGCGCGCGGAAGGGUGACAUCGCGCUCUUCCAGCAGGCCCUGCCGGCAGGCCUGCCCGCCAACAUGACCAACGAAAAAGGCGACACAUUGCUUAUGCUUGCUGCUUACCACGGGCACGCGGAACUGGUGAAGCUGCUCAUCCAGCACGGAGCGGACCCGAACCGGUUGAACGACAGGGGGCAGAGUCCCUUGGCGGGAGCGGUCUUCAAAAAGGAAGAUGCAGUCAUCGAGGUUCUUCUCGAGGGUGGCGCGGACCCAGACUACGGUAACCCCAGCGCACUGCAAUGCGUCGUUAUGUUCAAGCAAGAGGCCGAGUGGCAAGCCAAGUUUGAGUCUGCUCCUGGGCGGGGUAAAGCGACUGCAUGA